CAACGAGAGAGAGACCAGCUCUCACGCCAAGCUCAACCCAAGUUGAGAGAACAUCAUCAUGGGUUCUUCUCCAAGAACUCAUCAUCAAUUAGGUCUUGCCAUCCUCUUCUUUGCUUCCCUCGCGCGCCUGUCUCUGUCACACGCCUCUCUCCCCAGCGAGUACUCGAUCAUCGGCCAUGGACAGGACCCGAACGGCGCCGUGUCGGACGAACGUGCUGUCGAGCUCUUCCGGAGAUGGCAGGCGCAGCACAAGAAGGUGUACAAGCACGCCGGGGAGGCCGAGAGGCGGCUCGAGAACUUCAAAAGGAACCUGAGGUACGUGAUGGAGAGAAGCCGGAGGGAUGGCGGCAAGCAGCAUGGCGUGGGGCUGAACAAGUUCGCCGACCUGAGCAACGAGGAGUUCAGGCAGCUCUACCUGUCCAAGGUGAAGAAGUCGGUGAACCAGAAGUGGAGGGCCAAGAGGGAGAGCUUGAUGAGGAACAAGAGGAAGGGAGCGGAGUCCUGCAAGGCGCCGUCGUCUCUGGAUUGGAGGAACUACGGCAUUGUCACCGGCGUGAAGGACCAGGGAGAAUGCGGAAGUUGCUGGGCGUUCUCUUCGACCGGAGCAAUGGAAGGAAUCAAUGCGCUCAAGAGCGGGGACCUGAUCAGCCUUUCCGAGCAAGAGCUCGUGGACUGCGACACCACCAACGACGGCUGCGACGGCGGCUACAUGGACUAUGCGUUCGAGUGGGUCAUCAACAACGGCGGUAUCGAUUCGGAAGAAGACUAUCCCUACACCAGCGUCUUUGGCGAGGGUGGUAUCUGCAACGUCACCAAGGAGGAGCACAACAAGGCGGUCACCAUUGAUGGGUAUGUGGACGUUUAUCCGUCGGACGACGGCCUUCUCUGCACGGUCAUCCAACAGCCGAUUAGCGUCGGCAUGGACGGCUCGGCGAUAGAUUUCCAGCUCUACACUGGGGGCAUCUACGACGGUACCUGUUCAGCGAAUCCCGACGACAUCGACCAUGCGGUCCUGAUAGUUGGUUAUGGCUCCGAAGGCGGCGAAGAUUAUUGGAUCGUGAAGAACUCCUGGGGAACAGAUUGGGGAGUGGAAGGAUACUUCCUGAUACGAAGAAACACCGACCUGCCGUUCGGCGUCUGCGCCAUCAACGCGAUGGCUUCUUACCCGACCAAAGAGUCCUCCGCGCCGUCUCCCUACCCAUCUCCAGUCGUUCCGCCGCCCCCACCCCCGCCAGUCACUCCCCCACCGCCACCCCCACCGAAGCCAACGCCGCCACCGUCUCCUUCCCCCAGUGAAUGUGGCGACUACUCGUAUUGCCCCGGCGACGAGACAUGCUGUUGCCUCUACGAGUUCUACAAUCUCUGCCUGGUUUAUGGCUGCUGUCCUUACCAGAACGCGGUGUGCUGCACCGGGACUGACGAUUGCUGCCCCGGCGAUUAUCCGAUCUGCGAUGUCGAAGAGGGACUUUGCCUCAAGAAUGCCGGAGAUUACUUGGGAGUUGCCUCGAAGAAGCGAAAGAUGGCGAAGCGCAAACUCCCAUGGAACCGGUUCGAGGAAAACAAGAACAAGAUCUACCAACCACUGGUGUGGAAGAGGAACCGUCUCGCGGCGAUCCGCUGAUGACUAGAGAAGCACCGAUCAUACCGAACAUUUCUCAGGCUUCGGUACUAGUAAUAGUCGGUAAUCUCAUCUUACUCCCGUCGAUAGGCAUCGACAAAACCUUGUAUCAGGCCCAUGUUCAUAGAUAUGGGAUUUGAGCAUGUCCUGGCUUCAGGUCAACGGCUGUUUUUUUCACUGCAUAAUGUGUAUUAAGUACAAUACUUGCAAUUGCUGCUACUGGUACUUAUUGUUUCGUUCUCGCCUGAGUCGAUGCUCGAACAUGUUUGCGCCAUCCCGGAUUCUGAAAAUAAAGAGUAUAUACUCAGAA